AUGUCUAAAAAACUCGUUCCUCAGGACAGGAAAAGAGUUCUUAAAGAACAUCUGGGGAACGAAUAUUGCAUCAAAUGGCAGGAGAGAUGGGACACGUGUCCAACGAAUUUUACGAACUCAUCUUUUGAAGAACUUGAAAAAGAGAGAAGAAAUCUUAUUAAAAAAGCUUUAAGAAAUAUAAUUAGCCAGGCAUUAGAUGACGACGAGAGCAAGGGUUUGGUGAUACCGGAUAUUCAUGAUAACUUCAGCACGUUAAGUAUAACUGACACUACUGGACAAAGUAGUUUGGACCUUGGUGUGGCUAGUGCGAAAGAUAAGUCGGAGUUGAAUAAGGAUGGAGACGGCGAUUAUUGCAUAAUUGAUAUCUAUGAAGGUCAAGAUGAUGAAAAGCCUAUACCACCAUCGAAUAGAAAUACACAUGAUGUGCAUUUAAAGGUGAUGUGUCAAUAUCUAGCAUUGUUCUCGAGUACAAAAAUACCAGCAAGAUAUUUAGUAGCUUUGCCAUUGGACAAGAAUACUUGUCUCAUAAAAAAUCACAAUUCAGUACCCAAUUCAUUCAAGUACAGAAAAUUUAAUGACAUAUGGUACCAAGUAGGCCUCGAGAACAUAAAUUACUUUGUACAACCACUUAAGAAACAAUUAGAUCAGGGACCAAGAGUUACACUUUUCUAA